AUGAUCAAAGAAGCCGUGCUAUAUGCCUAUAGCUCUGUGGCCAAUCACCAGGAGCACAUCUGUGCGGUGUUGCUAGUGUGGUUGGUGUUGCAUACCUUCGUUUUGCACCCAUUCUUGAUAUCUCCUUUGAGACACGUUCCAGGGCCUUAUUGGAACAGGGUGCUGAAGUUUCCAUUUAUGAAGGCAUCUUGGGGUGCUAGUCUCGUGACCAAGACACACCGGUGGCACGCUGAGUAUGGUGAUGUGGUUAUAUUGGCUCCCAAUAUGGUAUCCUGUAAUGGAGAUCCAAAGUACUUGACGGACAUAUACACGAAGAACAUGCCCAAGCUGCGUUUCUACGAGAACUUCCUGAACCACGGGAACCGCAAGAACGUAUUCAGCACCUUGACGAACCCAGAACACCUCCGGCUCAAGAAGAUCAUUCAGAACUUGUACCUGAAAGGAGCUGUGCUUAAGAACGUGAACCGUCAGAACUUGAUAGAGAAGGUGACGUUUUUGAUGGAGGACUUGCAGCGAAACAGAGGCGUCCUGGUGGACGUUUUCACGCUUUUUGCGGCGUUGGCAAUGGAUGCCGUGAGUGGGUUUGAGGUGGGAUUGCAGAACAGCACUGAUCUUCUUCAAAAACCGGAAAAACGGCCCAUUGUGGCAUCUUUUCGGAACAUCUCGUCCAUGGGGUUCUGGACGACGAGAAUGCCGUGGUUCUGGGGAUUCGCCGCUACAAAACAGAUUCUCCAGGAUGUGGAUGUCUGUGACAAGUUUGAGAUGGACUUGUACAACCAGGCUGAGGCCAACGUUCCAGAAAAACAGCCAGGCGUGAAUUUGACGACACUAGAGGCGUUGAAAAGAAGCGGUAUUCGUGGGAAAGAUGCUUAUUCCUUGCUUACAGAUAACCUUUUUGCUGGGCAUGAAACCACAGCAGUUCUGAUGACAUACCUCUGCUUCCAGCUUUCCAGGGACAUCAACAAAAACAGACAAGAGCGGCUCAGAAACGAAAUUAGGGGUAAUUUCGGCACGGGAACGUUUCCCCAAAUCGUGGACGACAUAGAAGCCGUGGACAGACUUCCCUACCUUGAUGCCGUGCUAAAAGAAACCAUGAGGGUGCAUUCCGCUAUCCCGGGUUCAGAACCUAGGGUCACAGACAGACCCUAUGAAGUCUCCAUCGACGGCAAAUGUGUGAGAAUUCCGCUGGGUACGGAAAUCUCCUGUCAGCCUUAUUCGAUGCACAGAGUGGAGCUGGUUUUCCCCCAGUCGGACGAGUGGAUUCCCGAACGCUGGCUCCAAGGAGAAUUCGAAAAAUACGAAGAUUACAGUGCCAGAAUCCAGACCAUGAACAAGUACGUUUUCGCUUUUGGAAAGGGAAUCCGUAUGUGUCUUGGCAUGAACUUGGCCGUCACCGAAAUGAAGCUAGCCUGUGCCAACAUGUACUGGCGUUUCCAGUCCAGCAUUGAUCGGGAAUGGUGCUCUGGCAGUGCCACGAAAAACACGAAUUCGAUUCCUUUGGGGUAUCACAGUUAUGAUACUUCUUCGGAGAGGGGGAUCAUGACCAUGGCCGAUGCGUAUACAACAAGGCCAGAGGGUGAAGAAUGCUGGCUUGUUUGGACGGAAGUUUCGUGA